ACGUGUUACAAAACUGGUUCCGUCAAACGGGUUGCCUUGACGUUGCCCACCAUCGAUAUCCUUCGCCGUAUCGAUCCAACGAACGGACGAGGGAAGCGAAUUUUGCAGUUCAGUUACAGUUCUCGCUCGGUUCGGAUGUUAUUUUUCUGUUGCACGAUACAUAUUCGUGGUUUUUAAGCAUUUUCCCUUCUUUUACUAUCAAUUACUUCCCCAGCACGCUGCUCUGUAUCAAGUGUCCAUAAGAGUGUGCAUACGAAAGACGAUCCUCCUCACAGGUUCCCGAUGAGAUUAAUAAAGAUUUACCUUCGAUACUAUCCGCCAGGAAUUGCUCUAAACUACCAGAAAAAGGGCAUCGAAGGAACGAAAAUGAUAGAUUUGUUCGAUCUUACUCCAAGCUGUGAUCUCCAAGUGCUAACGAAGCAAAUUGCAUCCACCGAACCACUUAUUACGCAAGAAGUGUUCCCGCAAGUGACGGAAAUAUUGGAAAAGUUACAGAAGAAGCUGAAGGAACCGGUGAAGACCAAGUUCUAUCUGUUUAAAACGCUACAAACUCACAUUCUCCCGCUAACGAACGUGUGCUUCGACAAGUCGGGGAAGAAAUGCAUCACAGGGUCUUACGAUCGUACCUGCCGCAUAUGGAACGUGGAAAGCGGUGACGAAGAGAAGGUUCUUAAGGGGCACGAGAAUGUCGUCUUUUCGGUCGCCUACAACUAUCCCAGAUGCGACCGCAUCCUUACCGGCUCCUUUGACAAAACUGCCAAGAUAUGGAAUCCCGUCUCGGGCAACUGUAUCAACACACUGUGGGGCCAUACGGCCGAAAUCGUUGGUGCCGAGUUUAACCCACACCAGUGCGAGCUGGUCGCUACCUGCAGCAUGGACAAUACGGCCCGUGUGUUUCACUCGGAAACGGGCCAGGAGGUACAUCUGUUCGCGGAUCAUUCGGCCGAGGUUAUAUCGGCACGGUUCAACAAGGAGGGAACGUUGCUGCUGACAGCAUCGUUCGAUGAAACUGCCACCGUGUGGGAUAUGCGAGCGAAGGAACACGCCAUCGUUAUCCGGGGCCACGAAGCGGAACUCAGCAAUGCCGUGUGGAACUUCCAGUGCAAUCUUAUCGCGACCAGCUCGCUCGAUCGCACAGCCAAGCUAUGGGAUCUGCGACGGCUGGACGAUGCACAGGCAACGGCCAGCCACAAGGACGAGGUACUGGACGUUGCGUUCAACUGUACCGGCACCCGGCUAGCUACCGGCAGUGCGGACUGUACCGCCAAAGUGUGGGACGUGACGGGGAACUUCGAGCUGGUCACCAUUAUGGCGGGCCACACGGAUGAAGUGUCCAAGGUGACGUUCAGCCCACCGGGAGGUUUGUUGCUCACGGCAUCGGCCGACAAGACGGCCCGGAUCUGGAACUCGGGAACGGGCACCUGCACGCAAACCCUUUCCGGCCACGAUGGUGAAGUGUUUUCCUGCUCGUUCAACUAUUCCGGCGAUGCCAUCAUCACCGCGUCCAAAGACAACACGUGUAAGAUAUGGAGAUGAUACGACUGGUUCUCCGGGCAGGCCUUUAAAAUACUACUGCGCCAGAAGUGUAUUAAAGUGCUGGACUAGCCUUCGGAGUGGCCUAGGAGAUGGGUGUAAAAGCGUAUCGAGUCCUAGGCGCAUGUGAACCGACGAUGCGAUGUUGUGUUUACAUUCUUUUUGUACAAAGUUAGAGUUAUUUACAUGUUAAAACUUUUAAUAGCAACAAUCACAAGCGCAGUGGCUUAGGUUUGUUAAAUUUAUUGUUUAAAUAUUGCAGGGAAGCAUGCACUGUGUACUGCGGAUUGCAGCCAUUUAGGCGCGUGUUGUUAGCGUGUUGAUAGAGUGUUGUUUGUUCUACAUUCCACUUGCUAAAGCGUUAUCUGUUUUAUAAAUGCAAAUCAGUGUGUUAUUUAUAGAGCAAUUGUUGCAUACAGAGAGAACCGAUUAGAAGUUAAAAUGAUAGAAAAUCUAUUAAAAUACUUAGAAGCCAUUUAUACAUAGUUGCAGUUUUCUUCGAUUCUAUUUAUAUGAUAAGCUUUUUAAGAAAGAGAAGUUGUUAUUGUGAGAUAAAAAAAAACUGAAAAUAAAUCAACGUUUGUAGAUCGCUUAUCACGAUGCCAUCACUAACUGUCCUGCGUCGACCGACCUCCUGGAAGGACACAAUUUAGUCACAGUUCAAGUCGUAAAUCCUAAUCACGGACCGUCUGUGCACAUCUGCAUACGAUUGAUGUACGCUCACACGGCGCGCACCGAACCAUGGCAGCAGCAGCAGCAGCAUCUCUCCCACUUUGAUCUGUUCGAACCUCGACGAACCGACGAGCCGUACAGCAAGUUUGUUUGUUUUAUGUUCUUUAAAUUGAUUCUUUCUUCGAUAAGAAAGAUCAUCUUCCGUGCUUGUCGGGACGAACAUUCACCUAAACGUCUCGACGUCCCGUGCCACCAUCACACACAUGCCCUGCAAGUGUUGCGAGGGUUGUGCUGGAAUCUAUGCCGUGUCACAGUCACAAAUACCCACCUUCCCCCCAAAAAAAGCAAAUAAACAAUCCAUGUUUGAUUUCGUUCCUUACGGCGCCCUGUGGAAUGCUGCUCGUGCCCACUCGAAGAAGGAGGUCGAAGCGAAAUCUUUCGCCUAUACAUGCAAGCGUAGCUCAAGUGUUAACGAAACAGCUGUACCAAACGCACGGCUCGCUUCACGUGGUCGAUGACGAUGAGGAGGGAGGAUUUUCAGCAGGGAAAGUCUGGGAAAAACUAGUCGCAACUAAGACUGUGUGAAGAGUGAACUGGAGCGAGAGACUAUCCAACCUACGCAGUGUCUGUGUGCUGGAGCUUGAAAGAAAAUUUUACACUAAGAUACUAGAAAGGCAGUCCACAAUAAAUAGAACCAAGAAUCCUUGAACAAUCUUUUAGCUUGCGUCUUCUUUCCCAAUCUAUUUGCGAAAUACUCAUUCCACCGAUACCAGAUGAAUGUCCCCAGCAUCUAAACCCAAAUCCCAAACGCAAUGCUUCUGUGUUUUGUUUUCUGGAUUUUAUUUCCAUUCUGUGACUCAGCCAACCGUACCGAUUGACCAUCCGACAGAACUUGCUGGCAGGGAAUUAGCAGACAUCGGCCAGUCCAGGCCAGCUAGUCUCGAUAUAGCUUUUCCACUCUCGUACACACACACACAAGCACACAUCCUUUAAGCACAAACGAAGCAUAAUGAGCUCCCCGGCUGGCCUAUUUGUGGCCC